AUGGGGAAGCUUGUAUUAGUUGUUCUAUGGGCUCUGUCCCUCUGUGAAGAUUUUGCAAUCAGAAGUGAAGCGGUGGCAUAUGCCACUGACUCUACUGAGAAAUUUGAACAUACCUGGUCCAUGGGUUGUAGCAAGAAUUUCAACUUCUUGCUGCAGCAUGGCCCAAUGGCAAAACGAUCUGCUCCACCUCACAGUGAGGUGCAAAACCAUGUGCUCCUAAUGCCGUCACAAACUGAAGACACUCCCCUUGAGACCAGUCUUGAGCUCAAAGGCAGAGUAACAGUGCCAUUUGAUGACAAGGUGAUAAGCAUUCAUCCAUAUGGAAUUUAUACACGGAUUUUUAACAGGAAACACACCAUAUCCUUGAUCUGGAACCAUCAAGAUGCAUUAUCGCUAACUCUAGACAGUAGUUAUAAAGGACAACUCUGUGGCCUAUGUGGAAAAUUUGAAGAAGGCACCAAAACCAUUUAUGGUCCAGAUUUUCUUGAUGCAAAUAAGCUGGAUAUUUUGGGACACACUUGUUAUAGCAAACCCACUAAGGAGUCAUCAUGUCCAACAAACCCUUUAUGUGAAGUGCCAAUCUCUUCCUCCUUCUUCUCCUGUUUUGAGAACCAAAUUACAGACGAGUACGUGAAAAUGUGUUCUGCAGACCUUUGCACUUGUAAAGAAUUAAAGUGUGAAUGUGCUACUCUUGAAGAGCUGGCACGGCAAUGUAGUAAAGAACUUUUUCAGCACUACAAGGAUUGGAGGACACAAAUUGGAUGUGGCACUGUCCUUGAUAACAUCAGAGGAAGAAACACAUGCAUCAAGAAAGCAGAAUGCCCUUGUGAACAUGAUGGAGAGAUUUAUGAAUCGGGAAAAACAAGGACAACUUCCUGUCAGUCAUGCACUUGUGAAUCUGGAGCCUGGUCAUGUUCCCAUCUUAAAUGCCCCGGGAGAUGCAAAAUUGAAGAAGCAACUUGCGUCACAACAUUUGAUAAUAAUUAUUAUUGCAUGAUAGGCGAAUGCUCAUAUUAUGCUGUUUCUACAGAGGACUGGACCAUCAUGGUAGAAAUCCACCAGUGUCAAGCAGCAUUUAAACAGUCGUGUUUGCAGCGUGUUACCUUAACUAAGAAUCAGACUUCCUUUGUAUUCACCAAUGAUGGCAAAAUACAUCUUGAUCAAAAUGUGGUCACAAUGCCUCUGAGAACAGGAGGAAUAACAAUAUUUCAGCAAUCCUCAAUGUACAUUCAAGUCGUAACAACAUUUGGACUGAAAAUGCAAGUGCAGAUAUUUCCUGCUAUGCAGCUUUACAUCUCACUGUCUGAGGAUUUAAAAGAAAUUACGAAAGGUUUAUGUGGCGUCUUCAAUGAUAAUGCAGAAGAUGACUUUCUAUCUCAAGGUGGCAUUGUGGAAAGUACCCCCAUUACUUUUGCUAAUUCCUGGAAGUUUAAGGACAGUUGCCCCGAUGCAAUAAUACCUCCUCCUUGUGUCAGUUCAGAAAAUGAAAAAUAUGCAAAAGAUAACUGCCGCUCCAUAAAAGAUCCUAAUGGUCCCUUUUCCAUAUGUCAUUCUGCCAUCGACUCUGUACAUUAUUAUGAGAUGUGUGUAGCUGCUACCUGUGCCUGUGAGAACAUCAAUGACUGCCUGUGUGCAGGAUUGGGAGUGUAUGUUCAUGAAUGUGCUGCUCAUGGUAUCAUCGUGAAAAACUGGAGAAGAAACAUUUGCAAUACACCAUGUGCCAACACUCAGGUCUUUGAGAAUGACAUGAGGGCCUGUAACCGCACCUGUCGAUCACUAUCCCAGUACGAUUACACCUGUGAAGUUAAGGAUGUUCCAGUUUAUGGCUGUGGCUGUCCUGAGGGAAAGUACAUGGACAAUACUGGGGCUUGUAUUGAUAAAUCAGACUGCUCAUGUUAUAUUGAUGGCAUGGCUAUCAAAAAAGGACAAAGCAUUCCUCUGAAUGGUCGAAUCUGCAUUUGUGAAAAUGGGAAGCCUUACUGUUCGACAGUUCCGGCAACCACCAGUCCAGGAUGCCUGAAUGGGAAAGCAUAUUUUGACUGUAGAAAUGUGGACAACUUUUGUGCAAAGACCUGCAAAGAAUACAAUAAGCCAUGUUCUAAUAGCAACUGUGUCCCUGGCUGUGUCUGCCCUGAUAAUCUUGUGGAAGAUGACUCUGGAAGAUGUGUUGCUCCUGAACAGUGUCCUUGUUCAUUUGGAGGAGAAAGUUACGCUCCUGGAAUCACAAUUUUAAGGGAUUGCAAUAACUGCACAUGCAAGGCUGGAACCUGGGAGUGCACCAAGAAUUCAUGUCCAAAGGACUGCCUAGUUUAUGGAGAUGGCCACUAUGUAACCUUUGAUGGAAAAAGAUACAGCUUUGAUGGAAACUGUGAAUAUACUUUGGUUGAGGAUCGGUGCAAUCAAGGAAAAGGCACAAUCCAAAUAUUAAUAGACAGUGUUCCAUGCUGUGAAAGAGGAGUGACGUGUUCAAGAAUUAUCAGAAUUUUAUUUGAGGAUAAAGAAUUGAAACUAACUGAUGGCAGAGUGAUUAGAACUGUGAAUUCUCAUGGUCAAACCCAGUGCGCAGAUGAUUCCUAUUCACUUCACACUGUUGGACUCUAUCUAAUCCUUACAUUUUCCAAUGGGAUCACUGUGAUAUGGGACAAACGCACAAGAGUUUCAAUCACACUGGAUCCAAGAUGGAAGAACAAAAUAUGUGGUCUUUGUGGAAAUUUCAAUGGUGAUGUUGUAGAUGAUCUAACAACAAAAGGAAACUCUGUAGUGGCAAACGUGUUGGAAUUUGGAAACAGCUGGAAGUCAACAAUGUCCUGUUCAAAUGCAGUGAAUCAAACUUUUCCUUGUGACAGAAACCCAUACUGUUUAGCAUGGGCUCAAAGGAAGUGUAGCAUAAUCAAGGAUACGGUGUUUCAAGCAUGCCAUAAAAAGGUUGACCCAACUCCAUUCUAUGAAGCCUGUGUCCAAGAAGCUUGUGCCUGUGACUUGGAAGGGAAACAUCUGGGUUUCUGUACCGCUGUAGCAGUGUAUGCAGAAGCUUGUAACAAAGCUGGCGUUUGUAUUCGCUGGAGAACCCCAGACCUGUGCCCUGUGUAUUGUGACUAUUAUAACAAUCCUGAUGAAUGCAGUUGGCAUUAUCAACCAUGUGGAACGUUAACAACCAGAACAUGUUCGGACCAUUAUGUUGGAAAGAAGUUCUCUGCCAUACUUGAAGGUUGUUAUGCAAAGUGCCCAGUGAGUGCUCCUUAUUUGGAUGAAAAUAUCAUGAAGUGCGUUAAGUUACCUGAUUGCACAUGUUACUAUAAUGGACAGAUAUUGCAACCAGGUGAAGUAACAAGGAAUGACUGCGAAGAAUGUAAAUGCCGCAAUGGAAAUCUUACAUGUAUCAAGGAGACAACUACAACUAGGCCCACUACUGGCUCCACACCAGAAGGGGUCACCACAACAAUAACGCUGACUACAACCAAGUUUACACCAGUGACAACUACACCAAAAGGAACAACCACCACAACUGCUAUUGAGAGAACUACAACAACCAAAGUGACACCUACAUCAACAGUGCCAACAACUGUGUCUACAGCCAGCUCUACAGCUGCAGUAUCAACAACAACACAGGAAAGAACUACCACACCUGUGACUGAGAAAGCUACUACAACAGAGCUCAUCUGCCAUGGCAAAUGGUCACCCUGGAUUAAUGAACAUACACCUUCUGAGGACAACCCAGGCGAUUUUGAAUUGCUUGAUCCCAAUGAUAAUGAACACUGUUCCUUCCCUUCUGAAGUAAUCACUAACAUUCAGUGUCGAUUUGUUGAUCAGCCUGAGAGACCAAUCAGCGAGUCACCAGACAAUGUGACAUGCGACAAAGACAAAGGGCUCACCUGUGUAUUCUCUAAAAGUGCUUUCAAGGAGAAAAAAUUUUGUUUUGACUACCAAGUUCGUAUUUGCUGUGAGCCAGUGUCACCAGUGAGCACAAUAAGCACCUCUGCUUCUGUGUCAACAACAACACAGGAAACAACUACCACACCUGUGACUGAGAAAACUACUACAGCAGCAGAGACAACUACACCAAGAGCAACAACCACCGCAUCUGUUAAUGGGAAAACUACUACAACAGGUUCUAGUUCAGAUUAUUGUUCUGGUUCUUCAGAAGGGGUCACUACAACAGUGAAGGCAACAACUGGAUCCACUACUGGCUCCACACCAGAAGUGACCACGACAACAGUGAAAUCAACUACAACCAGCUCCACUCCCGGAUCCACACCAGAAGUACCAAUUCCAUCAAGAUCAACAACAACUGUGUCUACAGCCAGUUCUACAACUGAGGUUGUCUGCCAUGGCAAAUGGUCACCCUGGAUUAAUGAUCAUACACCUUCUGAGGGCAGCCCAGGCGAUUCUGAAUUGCUUGAUCCCAAAGAUAAUGAAUACUGUUCCUUCCCUUCUGAAGUAAUCACUAACAUUCAGUGUCGAUUUGUUGAUCAGCCUGAGAGACCAAUCAGUGAGUCACCAGACAAUGUGACAUGCGACAAAGACAAAGGGCUCACCUGUGUAGUGUCUAAAAGUUCUAUGGAGGAGAAAAGAUUUUGUUUUGACUACCAAGUUCGCAUUUGCUGUGAGCCAGUGUCACCAGUGAGCACAACGACCACCAGUACAACUUCCACUUUAGCAGUGUCAACAACAACACAGGAAACAACUACCACACCUGUGACUGAGAAAGCUACUACAGCAGUGGGGUUGACUACAACAGUGACACCAACUACAACUGGGUCCACUACUGGCUCCAGACCGGAAGUGACCCCAACAACAGUGAAAUCAACUACAACCAGCUCCACUCCCAGCUCCACACCAGAAGUGCCAAUUCCAUCAACAGUAACAACAACCGUGUCUACAGCCAGUUCUACAACUGAGAUCGUCUGCCAUGGCAAAUGGUCACCCUGGAUUAAUGAACAUACACCUUCUGAGGGCAGCCCAGGCGAUUUUGAAUUGCUUAACCCCAAAGCUAAUGAAUAUUGUUCCUUCCCUUCUGAAGUAAUCACUAACAUUCAGUGUCAAUUUGUUGAUCAGCCUGAGAGACCAAUAAGCGAGUCACCAGAUAAUGUGACAUGCGACAAAGACAAAGGGUUCACCUGUGCAGUCUCUAAAAGUGCUAUGGAGGAGAAAAGAUUUUGUUUUGAUUACCAAGUUCGCAUUUGCUGUGAGCCAGUGUCACGUGUGAGCACAGCAACUACCAGUACAACCUCCACUUCGGCAGUUUCAACAACACAGGAAACAACUACCACACCUGUGACUGAGAAAACUACUACAGCAGCUUUCAAGAAAUCUCCGUCCAUUCGUUCAGUCUUGCACAUGCUGCCUUUUCGAUAUAAACGGUUGAAAAUUUACUCAAAUCUGAAUCAUCACUUAGUUUUGUGA